AGCUGGAAAGGAGGGAGCCAGGAGUGCAGGACUGGGACAGGGGGAGUUUCUCUGAGAGAAUCAGGGCUUCCUUCUAUCCUUACCCCCCACCCCUUCCCUGGAUGGAGUUCCGCUGGGCUAGAGGAGCUGGGGUGGGUGUGCGGGGAUCCUCUCAGCUCCGGAGAGCCUUCAGUGAGCAUGUCAAGGAUUCCACCAGCAGAGCCUGGGAGGUGUUCUGGAAGAGGGCAAGGGAGCGGAGGCUAACAGAAAUUGAAGCCAAGGAGGCCUGUGAGUGGCUGAGGGCAGCUGGUUUCCCCCAAUAUGCUCAGUUAUUUGACGACAUGCAGUUUCCCAUUGACAUCCAAACUGUCCGACGUGACCACGAGUUCCUAGACCAGGACGCCUUUGAGUCUCUUUACAGGCGACUGAACGCCCUGAACAAAUGUGCAGAGAUGAAGGUGGAGUUCAGCUGCCAGAGGAGGAAGAGCGAUGAGUCUGAGGAUGACGAACCAUGUGCUAUCAGCAGCAGGUGGGCGUAUGAGCGCUGCAGCCGCCGCUGGUCCCGCCUGGACAGCCUGGAAGUCUUCCCAGGGGGAAGUGGUUCAUCCAGCAGUCCUGUCCUAGAGAGACCCCCAAGGAUCCAGAACAGGGGCACUGAGGAGCCAGCUUCCCCAGAGCCAGAGGAGAAGCCAGAUGCCUCUUCCAUGAGUAGCUGCAGCAGUGGCGACAGUGAUGUCCCCUCUCCCAGGCCCUUUGAGGAUGCCGAGUCCAGCCAUAACUGCUCCCAUUUCUCCUAUACCAACAAACUGUCUUCACCUGCCUCUAGUACCAGCCAUUCCUCAUGCCCCAUGGAGACACUGAAUGUCACUGGUGAAGACCUACCCGCUGCAGAGAAGCCCCUCCAACCAAACCGGGGCAAGAGCUUCUUGAGAAAGAUGGAGAAGUUGAGGCUGCGAAGCCCGGGGUCUAAGCGCAGUGGGGCUCCCCGGCCCCGGCCCCCGAUUAGCGGGCCCACCCUCCUUGAGGGUUUGGAUGAUGACAAGCUCCGGAGUCUCAACUGUGUGAGCAUUGGCCGAGACAUGGGAGCUUGCCCAUCCUCACCACCAAUCUGUGGCAGCAGCAGCGGCAGCCAGUCAGAGACCAGCAGCACCGUAAGCACUCCGAGUCCCGUGAUUCGGGUCCGCAGCCACAGGCAGAGGAGCGGCGGCGACCCCAGUUUAAGCCCUACCUCACCACGGGGUGAUGUGACUGAGCAGAACCUUCACAACCAGCUGUUCCAGGUGCCAGUCGGCCAUAAACCGGGCACCUUCCCCAAGGAUCUGACCCUUAACUCACCACCAACCUUAGAUAACCCAUCAGUUAAUUGGCGGACAGGCAGUUUCCAUGGUUGCCACCGGAAUCGGUUUGGAACCAGCUCCCAGGAGAUGGAUCCUUCCAACCGCCCACCUGGGCUGCCAGAUAACAGGCUCAGUGUCUACGACAACGUGCCAGUGCUGGUCCUUGGCAGGACAGAGGGUGUCAGGUCCCUGGACAACGAUCUCAUUUUAGAUUUUGACCAUCUGAUAGAGGACAUGAAUGAACUGCAGAGGCGAGAGAGCCAGUGGGCAAAGAAGGAUUCAUACUAUAGGGACUUUGAUUUUACCAGCUCCCCAAACUUACCUGCUGCCCCUGCCCAGAUUCUCCUGGAGAUCACCGAGCCUUCUGGGGAGACAAUAUCUGGGACCAGGCCUGGUGGAGGAGCAGAGCAUCACCAUAAAAGAGGCCAUCCUUGGGACUUUCCCAAAUCGUCGUGUUCCGGAAGGUCAGAUACUGCCUCCUCAAGCCCCCACAGGCUCAGUAAAUGGAACUGGUCAAUGGAAGAAACAACUGACCUGACCAAGCCCUUCCUGCGGGUUGAAGAACAGUCAGCUGUACAACUCAACUAUUUAAAGAGUGUGGCUAUGUUAAAUCUCUCUGCCAUCAUGGAAAAAAAUCCACUCUCCAGUAAACAGGGCUGGAAUUGGCCAGUCCCCAAGUUCAUCAGGAAGAAUAAAUACCCUGACUUUAAAGGCAAGAAUGUGUUUGGAGUCCCACUACUACUAGUUGUCCAGAGGACAGGCCAUCCACUCCCACCAGGCAUUUUCCAAGCUAUGGAGUAUCUGAGGGCGCAGUUUCUGGACCAGGUUGGCUUGUUCAGGAAAUCAGGGGUGAAGUCUCGGAUCAUGUCCCUUCGGGAGAUGAAUGAGGCCCACCCGGGCCAUAUGGAUUAUGAAGGCCAUUCUGCUUUUGAUGUAGCUGACAUGGUGAAGCAGUAUUUCCGAGACCUCCCUGAGCCCAUCUUCACUAGCAAGAUCUGUGAAUCCAUUCUUCACAUAUAUCAAUAUCUGCCUAAGGAAGAACAGUUCAAUGCUGUACAAGCUGCCAUUCUCCUACUUCCAGAUGAAAACCGAGAAGCCUUGAUUAUCCUUCUCUUCUUUCUCCGAGAUGUCGUAAGCUUUGUGGAAGAGAACCAGAUGACUCCCACCAACAUUGCUGUCUGCCUUGCCCCAUCGCUUUUCCAUCUCACUUCUCUCACUUCCUUUCGCCCAGACAAUCCCACAUCUUCCAGGUCCAGUCAGAAGAAAUACAAUGUGGGCAAACCUGAUCAGAGGGACCUGAGCGAGAACCUGGCCGCCACCCAGGGCCUGGCACACAUGAUAGCAGAAUGCCACCGGCUCUUGCAGCUGCCCACAAGUUACUUGGAAUCCAACAGGGGCCAGCAACCCCCCCAUCCUGAAAAAAGCCUGGUCAGUUACUCGAUGGUAUUGAAAUCUCUAGAGAAGUCCAUUCAGGACCUGCUCCGAGAUGCCAAGGACAAGUUCCGAACCUGGGCUAGCCGCUUUUGCCUGGAGAAUGUGGAAGUGGCCAAUAAAAAGGUAGAAGAAAACUCUCACUUACUGCUUUGGAAAGCCUCUGUUGAUGUCCAUGCUGCCCCUCAGGCUAUCCUUCAACGUGUGCUUAGAGCACAGUUGUCCUGGGACCACACUCUGCAGCAGGCUGUUGUCCUAGAGGUACUGAAUGAGGAGGCUGAUAUUUACCACUACACAGUGAAAAGCAUGACCCCACUCCCUGUCCAGGAAUAUGUGGUGCUAAGGACCUGGAAGUCAUAUCCCCAGAGCAAUACCUAUGUUAUAGCUGCAACCUCUGUGUGGUGUGAAGGUGCUGAACUGCAUGGAGUCUUGGGAGAGGUCAUCUUGUGCCAGUAUCUGAUUGAAAUGGUGGGACCUGAAAAAUCCCGAGUGACUCAUGUCUGCAGAAAAGACACCAGAGGGCGGACUUCUAAAUGGUACAGGAAUGUUUUCGGGCACAUGUGCGCAGCUGAAUUGCUCAGAUUAAAAGACUCUUUUCAAUCUUCAAAUUCAGAUGCCAAAUAAGCCCCAAAUCUGAAGCCAGAGCUGUUCUGAGGCGCAGUUAACUGCUGUGCCCUUCAGCCAUGUUUAGAUAAUGGAAUGCUGUUUUUAAUACAACUGAUAAUCAAAGAGUGUCUAAAGGAAUAUCAUUGUAUAAGAAAAAGCUAUUCUUGGAGAGAUUCUCGAUAGGAGGAUAUUAAAGGCCAAACUAUUUAUAUAAAAACCUAAUCUUAACAUCGCAGAAAUACUCAAAAUGAUGGUUUAAACCUAUACUGUGCAGUAAGUUAUUAAAAACUUGGUGAUUACCUAUA